UCCAUGGCUUCCAUUUGCAGCAAUGCCUAAGAUUUAACUGACGUCAUUGAUUCGAUUUUGGUUGUCCUCUACCGCCCGCCGCCGCCGCCGCCGCCGGAGCUCCAUUGACCUCUGCCGCCGGAGCUCGUUACCCGCCGAUUUCCCCAAUCUGAACAGCCAUUAUGGAGCUACCGGAUAUGGACACCAUGGCGGCGUCGAUCGGCAUCUCGGUUCCGGUGCUCCGUUUCCUGCUGUGCUUCGUCGCCACUAUUCCGGUCGGCGCUUUCCACCGCCUUGUCCCCGGGGGGGCGGCGGGGCGCCACGUUUACUCCGCCGCGACCGGCGCGUUUCUUUCGUAUCUGUCGUUUGGAUUCUCCUCGAAUCUGCAUUUCGUUGUGCCGAUGCUGUUGGGAUACGCUUCGAUGGUGCUUUGUAGGAAGUACUGCGGGAUCAUUACUUACUUCCUCGCGUUCGGCUACCUCAUUGGAUGCCAUGUAUACUACAUGAGCGGUGAUGCAUGGAAGGAAGGAGGUAUAGAUGCUACAGGGGCACUUAUGGUGAUAACACUGAAAAUAAUUUCAUGUGUCAUUAAUUACAAUGAUGGAUUGCUGAAAGAGGAUGGCCUUCGUGAGGCUCAGAAGAAAAAUCGGUUGGUCAAGUUGCCAUCACUACUUGAGUACUUUGGUUACUGUCUUUGUUGUGGUAGUCACUUUGCUGGACCUGUGUAUGAGAUGAAAGAUUAUUUGGAAUGGACGGAGAGGAAAGGGAUCUGGCAACCUUCCAAGCAGGGAUCACGUCCGUCUCCUUAUCUUGCAACUCUCAGGGCACUUUUACAAGCUGGAAUCUGUAUGGGGAUAUAUCUUUACCUCACUCCACAUUUUCCACUUACCCGAUUCACAGAGCCAGUGUACCAAGACUACAGCUUCUGGAAAAAAUUGAGUUAUCAGUACAUGACUGGCUUCACUGCCCGUUGGAAAUACUAUUUCAUUUGGUCCAUCUCAGAAGCUUCUUUUAUUAUUUCUGGUCUGGGAUUUAGUGGCUGGACAGAUUCUAAUCCGCCUAAACCUCGAUGGGACCGAGCAAAAAAUGUUGACAUAUUAGGUAAUGAGUUGGCGACGAGUUCGGUGCAGUUACCAACUGUAUGGAAUAUUCAAGUCAGCACCUGGCUUAGACACUAUGUUUAUGAGAGGCUUGUCCAGCCUGGCAAAAAACCGGGAUUCUUUCAGCUACUGGCUACUCAAACCGUGAGUGCUGUAUGGCACGGAUUAUAUCCAGGGUACAUCAUAUUCUUUGUUCAAUCUGCUACAAUGAUUGCCGGUUCAAGAGUUCUUUACAGAUGGCAGCAAGCCUGCCAGAAUGCUCAGCUCAAGAAAGUGCUUGUAUUCCUAAACUUUGCUUACACUCUACUGGUCUUGAACUACUCCAGCGUCGGCUUCUUGGUACUAAGCCUGCAUGAAACAGUGGCUGCUUAUGCAAGUGUAUACUACAUAGGAACCAUUCUCCCGAUCGUCCUAAUCCUGCUCGGAAAGAUCAUAAAACCAGCUAGGCCCGUAAGGUCCAAAGUCAAGAAAGAUGAGUGAACAUCGACAAAAGUUGCAUUCCAUGAUCUUAAGUAAGAAUACACCUACCCUAUCCUCUGCAUUUUCUUUUAUUUUUCUUCUCUAUUUUAUUGCUCACUUAGACUUUUGCUGUGUUACAUGCUUGUUAUUUAGUUGCUGGAAAUACUUUGAAUUAUGGUUUUGGUCUUAAAUUAUCUGAUUAAGAUGAUUUUUUUUUUGCAUA